GAAAUGUUUAACUCGUUACGGACAACACGACGAUGUGAAUACAAAUACAAUAAUUUUUAUCGACUUGUGUACCGUGCACUCGUGUUUAUCCCGUGCGUACACGCGAAGAUCUCGAUUAUGGUAUCGUUCAUCAUACCUAUACGUGUUUGUUGUUAUUGAUUAUCCGCUUCCGAACCCACUCUCGCCCAAUCGGUCAACACGACAAUAUUAUUAGUAUUGAGCGGGUUUUCCUUUUUUUUUUUUUUUUAGAUUUUCCGUUCACGUUUCGAUGGCCUAACAACACGGACCUCGUCGUACCACUUCUCACGGGGAGAUCUCGACUUCCAGACCGCGAUUAGAUAAACGCAACAUGGAACGCGAUCCAAAUAAAAGAAGAGUCAAACCUCCUGCUAACCCUGAGUUAGUAUGUUUAGAUGAUAUUGAUGGUGAAAGUUCAUCUGAUAGUGAUUUUCGUAUUGAAGAUCAUUAUGUUAACAGUGAAUCUGAUUCUGAUGGAGCUUCAUAUUUCACCUAUACUGAUGAUGACCAAGAAGAAUGUGACAAAGAAGAUGACGAAAUUAAGUGUAUUAAUAAUAUAACAACUGAUGAGUCAGUGGCUGGAACAUCUUAUCAAGAUAAUUCUAAAAAAGUAAAUUUUAAAGAAAUUAUUGAUAAAAUUCACAUUUGUAGUAUUUGUUUGGGUGAUGCUAGUGAUGAUGUAAAUGAGUUAAUAGAUUGUGAUGAAUGUGGUAUAUCGGUACAUGAAGGUUGUUAUGGUGUACAUGAUACUGGAAGUGUAAGCUCAUCAGUUUCUUCGUGUUCUAUGGAACCAUGGUUUUGUGAAGCUUGUAAAGCAGGCAUAGAAAAUCCUACUUGUGAACUAUGUCCUAAUUUUGGUGGUAUAUUUAAAGAGACAGAUUGUGGAAAAUGGGUUCAUUUAGUGUGUGCUCUUUAUGUUCCUGGUAUAUCAUUUGGUGAAGUUACUAGUCUUAGUAAAGUUAUAUUAUUUGCAAAUACUUCUCCUCGAUGGGGUAGUAAAAGUUGUACUUUGUGUAAAGAUAUGAGAUUUAUGUGUACUGGAGUAACAAUUGGAUGUGAUGCUGGAAUGUGUCGAUCAAAUUUUCAUGUUACUUGUGCUCAGCGAGAAGGUAGCUUAUCUGAAGCCACAAGUCCAGAAACUGAUCAAUCCGAUCCAUUUUAUGCUCAUUGUAAACUGCAUGUGGAUAAACUUGUUGCAAAAAAAAGGAAAAGAAAUUGGGAAAUACUUCAAUUGAGAACAAAGCAAAUGAAAUUAUUGCGAGAAGAACAGUCAUCUGAGAAGUCAGCUACAUGGCAACGUAAUCAACGAAGACUUGAGAAACUAAGAUCUAAGUAUUAUCAAUUGAAAAAAAUCAAUAAACCAGAGUCGACAUAUAAAUCAAAAGUUCCACGUCCUAUUACAACUUCAGCUUCAGCAUGUCGAGCCCUAUGGUUAAAAGCCAGUUUAAUGGGUAUAAAUAUGACUUCAUAUGAGGCCAUUGAAGGUCAUAUUAAGGCAUUACGUGAUGUACCGAAAAAAUGGCAUAUACCUUCUUCAUUUAGUUUGGAAUUUGUUAGUUAUUUCUUAGAUAGAAAUCUAAGAUUGGCAGAUUUUAAAAAUCAGUUAAAGCAUUAUACUGAUGAAAACAAUAGGCUUCAUGAUGAGCAAACUACAGUUCAAGAAAAAUAUAAUAAAGUAUCCAAUGAUAAUGAAAUUCAAAAACAAAAACACAUGGAACUGAAAAAUAUUAUAUUAGCGUAUCAUGAUGUGAUCAAAUUUGGAAAUCCUAAUGCCAAAAUUCCAGAUAUUGAUACACUUACUAGAGAUAGUCAUGAAAAUGAUCAUUCUGUUUCCAUGAGUUCCAUUCCUACUCCUGCUGCAUUAAAAGCAGGAAUUGGAUUGUCUGUGAGACAUAAUGAUUCUCUAGGAUUUAUUGAUAAUGAAGCACCAAUAGGUAUAAAUAAUAAAUGUGGUAUUUGUGGUCGUACUAAUGAUCAACAUUUACUUGCAAAAUGUGAUACAUGUUAUUUGUAUUAUCAUUUAGGAUGUUUAAACCCACCACUUACUAGGAUGCCUAAAAAAACAAAAUUAUUUGGCUGGCAAUGUAGUGAGUGUGAUAAUAGUAACUCUAAUUCUGAACCAGAAACAGUUGAUCCAAAUGCUCCCAGGAAAUUAAGGUAUGGAGCUGGAGAACGAUCAAUAUCUGAUAGUCGUAGAUCUUCAUCUGUAGCAAAUGAUUUGCAGGAGUUUAAUAAUUUAUCUGAACAGAAAUUUUCUGGUGUAUCAAAGAAAAAAAAACAUGAACGCCACAGAGAAAGAUACUCUCCUGAAAUUAUAGCCACAAAGCGUGUAAAGUCACGUAAACGCAAACAUAAACAUCACAGAGACAAUAACAUUGUAGAAUUAGAACCAACUAAUGAUUUAAUUAAUGAACCACCUAGACAAGGAAUUAAAUUAUUUAUAAAAUCUGUACCAAGUGCUAGUGGUGUUAAAACAACAUCUUCACAAUUACUUAUUGCACCACCAGUAGAAGAAAUACCUCAAACAUCCACAAAAAUCAAACUAGAAAAAAGUGUUGCCCCUCUUAGGAUCACCACAACUGCAACAGAUAUUAAAUUGACUCCUAAGUGUGAUACUUGUAAAGCAACAGGAACUAAUUUAACUAUGGUUCAAUGUGAUGAAUGCAGUAAAAAUUUUCAUUUUUAUUGUCUUGACCCCCCAUUGAAAAAAUCACCGAAAGUACGUGGGUACUCAUGGCACUGUGCUGAAUGUGAUCCAACGGAUAGUGACUCGUCUUAAAAUUUGGAAACCCAGUUCCAUUUAAAAGUACCAAUUCGCUAUUGUUGUACUGAAAAUGAUUUGUAAUGUGUGAUAUACCUUACAACUAUUUAUAUUUACAAUAUUUAAAUUGUGUCAAUACAAUAAGUUAUUAUGUAUACAUUUUUUUUUUUUUUUUAUAAAAAAAAUGUUAAUAGUUUAUGUGCUACUUAUGCUACUAGUACUAGCAUAUUAUGUAUUGUAAUUUUCUAAUAAAGAUAAAAAAUGAGAAAUUAAA